CGGCAUAGAAGUAAAUGUGAUCCCAGAAAAAGAUAACAAACAGAACUUGCCCAUCACUUCUCAUACAGGCCACACAUACUCAGACAACCUUGUUAUAAUCAAAACAAGAACCAAUCAACUCUUCCAUCCAAAAAUGACGUCACCAUUACUAUAUUAUGACGUCCAACAAAGCAAAUCCAAACAUUAGAAAUAAAAAUAAAGUCUAUAAAUCAUUCCCCACAAUCACAAACAGAUUAACAGACAAGAAAAAAAAUGGAGUUCUCUUGGUUUUGGCUUACAACCAUAGCCUUCUUCCUAGCAAUUCCUUUACUUCAUAGGUUAAGAAGUGUGAAUAAUAAGAAGAAGAAAUUACCUCCGAGUCCAAAAGGGCUCCCGAUUUUAGGACACCUCCACAUGUUGGGCAAAAACCCGCACCAAGAUCUAUACACGAUAGCCAAAGAACACGGUCCGAUUGUGUUCAUGCGAUUCGGGUGGGUCCCACACAUCGUAGUCUCGUCUAACAAAUCGGCCGAGCUUUUCCUGAAGACGCACGACCUCGUAUUCGCCAGCCGACCCCCGCACCAGGCCGCCGAGAUCAUGUCGUGGGGCCAGAAGAAUCUCUCGUUCGGAAAGUACGGCCCGUACUGGCGGAGCAUGCGUAAGCUGUGCACCCUCGAGCUGCUAAGCACACUCAAGAUCAACUCUUUUCAACCAAUGAGAAAGGAGGAGCUUGGACUAUUCGUCGAAUCCCUCAAGCUAUCUUGUCGGGGGAAAGCGGCCGUUGAUCUUAGUGCAAAGAUCUCGUCUUUAACGGCUGAGAUGAGCUGUCGGAUGGUGUUUGGUAAGAAGUACGAGGAUAAGGACAUGGGAGGGAGAGGGUUCAAGAGUGUGAUCGAAGAAGGGAUGAAACUGGCGGCGCUUCCUAAUUUGGGGGAUUAUUUCCCGUUUCUUGGGAUAUUCGAUCUUCAAGGAUUUAAGAGUAAGAUGAAGAAGAUUGCGAAAGCGUACGAUGAUUUCUUCGAGAAAGUUAUCGAUGAGCAUGUUAACGGAGCUGCUGAGGCGGCGGAUCGUGCUGAUGGGAAGGCCAGAGACAUUGUCGAUACUUUGAUGUCCAUCAUGCAAUCUGGAGAUGCCGAGUUUCAGUUCGACCGAGGGCAUGUCAAGGCUAUUAUGCUGGACAUGCUCGCAGCUUCGAUGGACACAGCAGCGUCGACAGUCGAGUGGAUACUCGCCCUACUCAUAAAAAAUCCGAAAGUAAUGAAAAAAGUCCAGGAAGAACUGGAACAAGUCGUCGGUUUGGAGAGGAUGGUGGAGGAAUCGGAUCUCGACCAGCUCAAAUAUCUAGACAUGGUCGUAAAAGAAACCUUUCGGCUCCACCCGGUGGCCCCACUCUUGAUCCCUCACUACUCUACGGAAGACUGCACAGUCAACGGCUACCACAUACCCAAAGAAUCUCGAGUCAUAGUCAACACGCACGCGAUUGGCCGGGACCCGAACGUGUGGGCCCGCCCGAAUGAGUUUUUUCCGGAGAGAUUUGUCGGGAGUGAGAUUGAUUUGAGGGGGCAGCAUUUCGAGCUUCUGCCGUUUGGUUCGGGCAGGAGGGGCUGCCCGGGUAUGCAGCUAGGGCUUAUUCAAGUUCGAUUGAUUGUGUCGCAGUUGGUGCAUUGCUUCGAUUGGAAGCUUCCAGAAGGUAUGUUGCCUGAGGAAUUGGAUAUGACGGAAGAGUUUAGCCUUGUUGUUUCCAGAGCUAACCCUCUGAUAGCUAUUCCUACGUUUCGACUGAGGGAUUAGUUAAAUUAGAUGCUAUAUCGGGUGAAAUACACACACACAUCUAUGUGUGUGUGUGAGUGUGAAUGAAGGGUAGAUUUUCUACCUGUGUGAACUUCACAGGAGCAUUCUGAAGUAAGAAGUAAUCAGUGAUGUGCUAUCUAAACAAAAUAUAGGGUGUUGACAUGCGACUACAAGGCUACAUUUCUUCAUCGGUAAUAAAUAAAAGUCACCCGAAAUAAGUCUUGACGCAGUAUCAUUAUCACAGUAUAAAGACUUAUCACUAAAUGCUUACAUCAAGUACCGAGAAUUUAUAUUUUGUCACUAA